CUGGCUGCAAUUACUAGAUGGGAAACGUCAAAGUUCACUUUCUUCGGCUGUCAGCUGAGGAACAAAGAACAGUAAGACUAAGGAAAAGAUUAUAUGAAAGGUGCAAUCCUUCACACCCUCCUAUGCUAUAAAUCUGUUUAUUUUUCUAUUUCUCCUGGAACUUAUUGCAAGGCAGCUAGAGAAAAAAAGACUGAGAAUUUUGUAUGCAGAAAUCCUUGCAGAAAGAAAACACUUCAACGUUCGAGUCAAGUAGGUGGGCUGUCACUAAACUUUCUGCCACACUUGUCCUCCUGAAGCUACAUUAUGCCAACUGAAUAUCUGUUUAAAGUAAUUGUGAUUGGACGUUCCAAUGUGGGCAAGACGGCUUUUGUUAAUCGCUGUGUCAAAGGUUGUUUUACAGAAAACUACAAACCAACCAUUGGAGUUGAUUUUGCCAUGAAGACACUGGAGUGGUCUGAAAAUGAGAUGGUUCGAAUUCAGUUCUGGGAUAUUCAAGGGCAAGAAGAUACAUUGCCUCUAUCCCGAGCUUUCUUCAAAGGAGCUUCAGCAUGCGUUAUCUUAUUUGAUAUCACAUCAGAGAAGUCAUUUCACUUUUGCAAAGAACUAAAAGCAGCUGUUGAUAGAGAAGUUGUUCCUGGCAGUGAGAAGCCUGUGCCAUGUUUGUUGCUGGCAAAUAAGUGUGAUUUACCAAACCAAGUUGUGGAGAAGGAAACAAUAGCAACAUUUUGUACUAAGUAUAACUUUGGCAGCUGGAAGGAGAUUUCUGUUAAAGAGAACAUACAAAUUGAAGAAUCUGUCAGGUGGCUUGUACAGGUUAUGAUGAAAACAGACUCAUUUUUGGAAAAAUCAUCUGAAGCUAUCGAUCUUGGAAGCAUGAAAAGGUCUAUGUGGUCAUCUUGUUGUGGUGUGUAGAAUCAUCGGUUUGAACUUGUCUACAGAAAAAUUAAGCUGCAAUGGGUGCAUGGAGAGGUCUGCACAAAGAUAGUAUCCAUAUCUGUGCUUAUGAUCUGAGGUUCUGCAACAUUCCUAUGGGCUAUCCUGUGAUCACUACAUAAAUAAUAUCCAGCAGAUGUCAAAGCUUCUGCAUUGCUUCAGUAUUUCUAGUACAUGAUUGCAACCAAAAGGCUUUUGAAUCAUAACAAAACAUCUUCGUUUCAAAGUAUUCUGAUGAUUAUCAGAACAGAACAUGAACUGUAAAUAAAACAGGAUCAGCAGAUAGUGUUUCAGGCUGUUGAAAUCUAUUAUAUUUGCAUAGAUAUUUCUAGAAGGGUACACAUAUUGGCAUACACUGUAACCAGGUUUUGAAUUGAAUAAGAAAUGUCCUAACACAUAUUGGCAUACACUGUAACCAGGUUUUGAACUGAAUAAGAAAUAUGUCCUACUGUAAUACAACUAGACAUCAGAAUAAAGGUAUAUUGCUUUGCUAAAUCCCUAAAUUUCAUUACAUAUUCAAGGACAAUAGUGUAAUAUAAUGUACAAGACACAGGUCUUAGGGUAAAAUUAAGGCUAAAGUUCUGAAUACAUAACUUCAUGAGGAAAAUACCCCUCUAAAGUGAAAGCUCAAGAUGUCUGCAGGUUGUGUUGUGAUAUGACACAUUAGACAUAAGCAACAAUACUAGAGAGAUUCUGAGGUCCAUUUGGGUCACAGGUCCAGUUGCCAGGCAAUAAUUUUACUCCAGUCAGAAUGCCCAAACAUCUCUCUUAAAGGUGACUGUUGUUCAUUGGAUGUUCUUAGUUUGUCAGUUUCUUCAUUGCUUUCUUUAAAAACAUGAAGCUAAAAGUGUUUAGUCCAUUUUGUCUUAUUUAUAUAAUGUACGUGUAAAAGAACAAUAUUAUAAUCAAGAAAGAUACAGUUACUAAACUUCUCAAAGGAAAUAUGUUAAUUUUAACCAAAGAACUAAGUUUUCCAUUAAGAUAUUUUCAUUUGAAAUGUGACUUCUGGUUACAGCUUCAUUUUUUAAUCUGUACUUCUGUUCCCCAUAUACUAUUUGUGGCCCAUCGAAUGCCUGGUACUAUUACCUGCAAGUCUUAUCCAACUUAUUAUUGUGAUAUAUUUUCUUAAAUGUUACCCAAGUUCCAUGGCCAUAAGAGGAAGGACCCUAGACCAUAUUACCAGAUAAUCCUGUCUGGAAGCACAGUUACCAGUAGAAUUAUAUGGUUGACUACCAUUAUGUUUUCCGAAUCUUUUUUUUUUUUUUGGUUAUGUUAGGUGCCCAAGUGCAGUAGUAACAUACGUUUCAUACUAGAACCAUACAGUGAACUUCCACAUCUUAGUUAUAUACAGUGGUUGUUACCAUGGAAGCUUCCACUGGUUCAUACUAGACCCAGGGAUAAUUUCUGUACAGUAAUCUUUCUCUCUCUGUUCUUGAUACUAACUUGUUACAAGGAACCCAGUAUAUGACAGUUUCUUGCCAAAAAUCCAGGCAACAAGCAUCAGUGAGGCAAUAAUGUAAAGCUGAGUGCAAGGUAUUAAAAAUUAUGUACCUUGUUUCAAAUUAAGUUACUAUUUUAUUUAUUUAUUUUUUGUCACUCCUAGACCGUACUUAAUAGCAUAUAAGAAAGGUAUGUGGGACAAAACCCUCCAUAUAAAACCCUAAACAAAAAGACAAUGUCUUCUUUAGAACAGUUCUUAACAGUUGCUGUUUGUCUUUCGGCUUUUCCCGGUUAGGGGUCACCACAGCAGAACUCCGGUCCGCUAAUGAUUGGCAGCAGAUUUUUUUGAACGCCCACCCAACCACGGGGAAGACAUGCAGACUCCAUACAGAAGGCACUCCCCACACUCCAGUCGAGAAUCGAACGGGAGAACCUCUUGCUGUGAGGCAACAACGCUACUGCUGCACCACCACGGAUAGAACAGUUCUUAACAGUAACCAAUGCAGAGGUAAUACCCAUUAGUUGAAUGAUUCUACUUAGUACAACAGCAAAGUUUUGUGGGGUAA